GGACCCUUGACCCUCAGACGGUCAACGCCAUGGUCCUGCCGCUGCUGCCCUGCAACAGCUUCAACCGCAACAUGGGAAAAAAGAAAUUCCACAAAUCUCAACAUUGGGGCUUUUGCAACAAUGUUAGGAUGCUGGUGAGUGAAGAUAAACCAGGAAUAGGUGGAAAACUGCUUCCCGGACAAAAGAUAAAGCCCAAAUAUAGUGUAUUUCCUAAAGGAAUGGGAAGUGACUCACCAUCCUGGGUGGCUUUUGAUAAACAGGUAUUAUCUUUUGAUGCCUAUUUAGAAGAUAAAGUGCCUGAUAAAAGUCAAGAAAACUAUAGAAUAAGACGCUAUAAAAUCUAUUUCUACCUUGAAGAUGACACAAUUCAAGUAAAUGAACCAGCAUUGAAAAAUAGCGGACUGCCUCAAGGAAUUUUUAUCCGGCGUCAUCGGAUUUCUCUCCCCCCUCCUGAUGAAGAUCGGUUUUAUACUGUGCAUCAUUUUAAUAUCAACAUAGACAUUGUCUUUUAUGGUCGGACGUUCAAGAUUUAUGACUGUGACACAUUCACAAAAAACUUUUUGAAGAAAAUAGGAGUCAAAUUAACGCCCCCGGGACAGUGCCCAGAAGAUCCUUACAUGAAGACAUGGAGGGAGAAGCUAGAGUCCAUGGAGCCCUUACGUCCCUAUGAGUCCUUCGACACUCUAAGACAGUUCCUCGACUAUGAUAGGAAGGUUUUGCGUUUCUUCUGCCUGUGGGAUGACUCAGGCUCAAUGUUUGGGGACCGUAGAGAACUCAUCCUGCAUUACUUUCUGUCUGAUGAUACCAUCGAAAUCAAAGAAGUACUGCCACGUAACUCAAGAAGAAAUGCUAUGUCAUUGUUCCUCCAGAGGAGAAAGCUACCUAAGUAUGGCCCCCCUGGAGUCUACCAACCAGGCCAGAUAACAGACCGGGCAGUUCUCAAUGUGUGUGGUGGCAUAUCAGAGAACCGAGUGUAUGGCUACCUGCCGGAUAAAUACAAGCUAGGAAAAGUAGACCAAGAGUUUUACAAAGAUACUGACCUGUCCAUAGGAACUACCAUCAACGUGUGGGGAAGGAAAGUGCUCCUUUGUGGCUGUGAUGAGUUCACGAAGGCUUAUUAUAAGACCAAAUAUGGACUUGAGAACUUUACCUCCAUUUCAUGCAAGGCCCCACCUCCUCCAAAAAUAGAAAGGAAAUUUCCACCUUACACCGGUUUUGGUUCUGAAGAGGAUUCUCUCCGCUCCUGCAUAGGCCUUGUGCCCACACCUCCUCAGAGGAACUUCAAGAAGUUCAUGGAAUAUGACAGCUAUGGCAACAUAAGCAAUAUACUCCGGUUUUUUGCAAAACUAAUCACACACAAAUGUGCUGACAUGGAAAGGAUGUUUGUUAUUUCAUAUUUUCUCAGUGAUGACACACUUUCAGUGUUUGAACCUAUAGAGAGGAAUUCAGGGCAUACUGGUGGGAUGUUCUUAAAAAGAAUUCGUGUUAAGAAGCCUGGACAAGCAGUCUUUAAAAGUGAACUCUCGGAAUACAUCAAGGCUGAGGAGCUGUAUGUUGGGGCCAAAGUGAACGUGAACGGCUACCUGUUUCUUCUGGUCAGUGCUGAUGAGUACACCUUAAACUACAUGGAGAGGAAUUCAGAUAAGUUUCCUAUGAGCAACAUUGAACUUGCCCUGCAAAAGAUAAAACAAGAAGAAUCAAAAUCCAGAAAGCUCAAGCAGGUGUUUACAGCUGCUGAUUGUAUGCACACGAAGAUGGUGGAUUAUAAUACAUUCAAAGAAAUAAUGAGUGUAACUGUCGGGAAACUCACAGACCAAGAAGUUAUAACCAUUGCGCGUCACUACCGGGUGCCUGAGGACCUGUGUCCAGAUUCGAAUGCCCUAAUUGCACAGGCCCGUGAACAGCUCAAGAAAAAUAAUUUUGAGAAUUUUGAAAGACUCAUUGCUACCUGUGUAUACCAAGAUCGAGAAAAGAAAAAAGUGUUACCCAGCAAAGACAUCAAAAGGCUGUGUAAGUCCUCCAGAUUACCUUUGAGUGCUGAUCUUCUAGGAUCCUUACUGUCCAGGUUUGAAGACAGUGAAAAACAAAUAAAUUAUGAGUCACUUUUCUGUGCCCUGAACUGGAGAGUGAAUCUGAUGCCCGAAUUGGAAGCAGUAUCGUAUGAUAAAGAGAGAUGUGAAGAUGAGUGGCUUGGAAUGCCAUCACCUAUUCCUGUGAAAUGCAUUCACUAUUUAAACCUUUUAAAGGAGGUGUUUGGCUUAGAGGAGUAACCAUGCAGUUUUGGUUAACUCCCUUUGAUUUCCUGAUUUCCUGCUCUAGUUUUGCCAAGUUUAUUUCAGUAGAUAUAAUUCCAUUAAAAACAAAAAAGAAACAAGGUUCAUAUUGAACUAAAACCCAUAUUCCAAAAUUAAUCUCCUUUUGUCAUUUCAGGUUUUCAGAAUAUCAUAUUAUAUUGCUGAUGUACCAGCACUAUUAGAAAUGCUAUUUAAAGAAACAUGGAGCAUUUUUAUUAUACGUAUGAUUUAUUAAUACCAAGAAUCUUAUGGUAAUUUUCUAUCUAACAUAAUUUGAUUCAUUACAACAGAAAAUGAUUUUUGACAGCUAUAUAUGAUAUAAAAUCAAAUUAUAUCAGAGCAAUAAGUUGUGAUUCUGUUAAACAUUUUUUGAAAUCUUUUUGACACAUGCUUAUUACUUAUAUAAUUAAACUUUGUAGCAACUCACCUUUUCACAAUAAUCCUUAAACCUCUGUAAAGGUAUUUAUUUUCUGAAAUUAGCAAAGCUAUGAGAAGAAAAAGACCCCCCCCCCAACACAUACACGCAGGAAAAAUUUGGGAGAGAAAUGAAAACAUAUGCAGUGUUUUUAAUGCUCUUUUAAUACCUGAAGUUAGCUUGUUAACUUAGGAAUACAUGCAUGUGUAUAUAAAUAUAGUAUGUAUUAUGUCUGAAAUAUUUAAGGAUGUGAAUGCUGAAAUCUUGAGAGGUCUUUUUUGGUUCAUUCUCCACAUAUACAUAACCUCUUAUCUCAGAGGUUUUAAUAUUCUAAGACGACAGCAUUUUUCCCUUCUACUUUUCUCUAGCCCUAGUUUUAUUUUUCUUCUAGAACUAUAUACAUUAUGAGUCUCCGCAGAACUUUUGUCAUGUAGUGUAUAUUCGAUUACAGCUCAUAACCAUGGACCUCUGGGAAUUCAGUGUGAGCAGUCUGUCUCAAUCUACCCCAUUCUUCAGUGUUGGGUGCUGUGUAUCAUUAAUCCAGUUGCCUGGUGUUCUCAGAGACAGUGGAAGCCUAUGGAGGAGGGUCUUCGACACUGACUUUCAGGGACUGCUCUGGGGGGAGGAAGAGGAACUGAUGACAUCUCAAGGGCCCCUUCUAUCUUCUUGUUCUUCCACUCCACAUUUGCAGCGUUUUGCCUAGAAAUGAGCUGGCUUCUUGGCACUCAGAUGUACCAAUUUGCUCGACAACAACAGCUCCUUCAUUUUUUAAAUUUGAAGUUUAUCAAUAAACCAUUUCUAUAUAUAAACCUAAGAUAAUUCUACAUGUGCCGUUGUUAAAAUAGAUCCCAUAGGAUUUUGCAACAAACUAGAAUACUCAAUUUAUAUACUAGAACCAUUUACCCAUAAAAUCUAAUUUUGACUUCUUGAUUUUUGUCCCAGGUUUUUUUUUUUUUUUUUUAAAGACAGCUGACAGUGCCAAGCCUUUUUGUCACUUUAAGAUUUUCCAUUCCCCAGAGAGCAAGCUUUUAGAAGAGUGACACUUUCCUGGAACUUUUCAGGCUGAUACAUUCGUCAGUUACCUAUUCAGCUCUUCAGUCAGUUGUCUUUCCCUCAAGAUUUUAAAUAUGUAGAUAAUUUAGCCCUGGUACAGGCUUGUAAUAUAGUUCAUUUGAGAAGUAGGAGGAGAAAACGAAAGGAAGCAAGCCAGUGAUUUGCUCCUGAGUUUGUAGGAUGACAACUGCUUGUUCUCUUGCAUAGAUGUGUGUCACUGCCCUGGUUAUUUACAGUACAAGCCCACAAUUAGCAAUUAAAUGGCCAUUAUAAGAAUCAUGCCAAUAAACAUGUUACAUUGCAGUCAUACAGACACUUUAAAUAAUGAUUCUUUUUAUAACUGAGCCAUAUACUGAAGGCGAUUUAUAAUUUAGAGAUAAUAUGCACAUUAGUAAAGUUUAUGACGCAAUAAACAGCUCCCACUAGUUAAUAAAUGCCAAAGCCAUAAAAACAAAGACUAUUAAUGUAAUAGAAUUUCUGUACCUCCCUCUUUUGCUGGUGGUCUCAAGACACUGAAGGGAAAUGCUAUCUUAGGAAAAACAUUUAUUCUCAUUAUGUAAAUAUCAAUGAAUUGUCUUACAAUCCAUCUGGAAAUCUCCCAGCCCCCACCUCCUUGGUCCCAGGUGGUCCUGAAAUGCUGAUGCAAUCUGCUUAGGUUUCAAGCAGUAGAUAACUCUGGUUUCCAGCACAAAUAAACCCUGUGACUCUAAUCUUUGGGGCAUGUGGGGAAGAUGGCUCUAAUUUCUGUCUCUCCUCUACCCUCUGAAAAAGAGAAAUCCCAACUAUUGCCGUUAUUCCAGAGCAAUAACUUUUAAAAGUUUCACUGCCUUUGCAUACACUUAGAUUUUUAGCUGCCUCUUCUCUUUCCUCUGAAAAAGAAAAACCCCAACUAUUGUCGUUGUCCCUGGAUAAUAAUUUUUAAAGAAGUUUCACAACCUUUGCAUACACUUAGAUUUUUAGCUGCCUCUUCUCUUUCCUCUGAAAAAAGAAAAACCUCAACUAUUGUCGUUGUCCCUGGAUAAUAAUUUUUAAAGAAGUUUCACAACCUUUGCAUAUACUUAUAUUUUUAACUGCUAAUAUUUCUCAUUUUGAUGGAAAAGCAGGUGCUGCCUGUGGAUGUCUGGGUGAGUUGAAGGUUAAUAUAGGCAAAUCUUUUGUACUAAGAACUAAUUGUUUUUUAGUAUUCCUAGAACCAUGGGAAUGGUUGAUAAAAGUCAUUUGAAAGCCCAAAUCAAGUCAUGUCUUUUCAUAAGAAACUGAUUAAAAGCUGUUGAAGUUCACAUUAAAUGGUUUGCUGAGUCAUUGUUAUAAAGUGUGGAUGUUGUCAGGCAGAUGAGUAGUGUUCAGUGUUUAUUUGCCU